UCAGACUUUGGGGAAGCUCGAUACCAUCUGAGGAGUUUACAAUUGUAGUGUCUCUCCUGGCAUGUCAUCACUUUAGGUUGAAAAAAGACAGCAGAAUGUUUUAUCUGUUGGAACUUAAACUGAUAUCUGUGUUGCUGGGUUGUGUCUGGGGUCUCGAUGACAUGGUUGUUUCUUCCCCUGAACUGAUGGCACGUGUGGGUGAGUCAGCCCUACUGGCCUGCAUCUUACCGAGCCCUGGGAAGAAACAAGUGACUAAAGUGGACUGGAUGUUCUCUUCGGGGGAGCGUGAGCGUGCCCAGGGGGAGUUUGUGCUGUACUACUAUGCCAACCUCAGUGUGCCCGUGGGGCACUUCAAGGACCGAGUGCGCUUGGUGGGGAAAAUCUCAGACAAUGAUGGCUCCAUUUUGCUGCAGGAUGUGAGAGAGGCUGAUCAAGGAGUCUACACCUGUGAGAUCCAGGUCCACCAAGAGAACAAUGUUUUCAAGAAGACAACCAUGCUGCGAGUAGUCCCAGCUAAGCUCACAACACUGAAACCCACAGACGCCUUCAGAACUGAUGUGCUGAGUAACUAUCAGCAUGUGAUCAUCGUAGGGAUUGUUUGCUUUACCGUCAUAAUGCUUGCCAUCCUUGGAGUGACCAUGAGGAGGAGUCAGCGCCACCACAGACCAGAAAACCACCCGGAGAAUACCAGUAAGGCUAAGUCAGAGGUACAGGCACAUGUUUACUCCACAAUAGCAACCCAGUCUGUGAUUGAGGAAGAGGAGUCCAGCAGAGCUUCUGAGGCCACCUACAUGACAAUGCAACCAGUUUGGCCUUCCUGGAGAGCAGAACAGAAAUCACCUGAGAUAAUGCCAGAAACAGAACAAACUCUUGAAAGACCGAGGUUGGCUGUAAGGCCCCCAGCAAGGGAACAUCAUGUCUUUCAGUAGCCUUUGAUUCCUCAUUUUUCCUGAGCCACAGCUGCAGUUGAUGUCCUAAAGCUCUCCUGCAGUCUUUUCUGUUUGCUGCUUGGGUUGAGGGGUUGAAAGAUGGAGACCUUGAUUUGUGAUGGAACGAGAUUGGAGUGAGAGAUAGUCCUCAAAUCGGUAAUGGGCCAGAGGUUUAAUUCAAUAACAAAUGCACCUCAGCAGACUGCUUUGAAGUAUUUGCUGAGUGGAGAGCCCUCUGGGGGAGACAUAAACUACGGCUAAAGCAUGGUUCUUGCCUGCAUGGAGUUUAUGUUAUGUCUCCGGAGCAAGUGUGUAAUCCUUGUUGGUUGAGUACAUCAAACUGCUAAAAUGGACAUUUUUCUUGUAGAGUGAGUUACUGUAAAGAAACCUAAAAGCAUCAUAAAUCAAUUCAAAAUGUUUUGUUUUAUAAUGACUAAAAAGUUUAUCUUUGAAUGAAUGUAUCCAGAGGAAAUAAUCUUUCCCUUCACCCCUCCCCUUUUUUCUUUUGGCUGAAGACUACCUGAAUGUUCGUUAGGAGAAAAGGGUUCUGGUGAUGAAUUCAUAGUAGGUAGCUCCUUCAGCAGCAUUAUAUCCAGGAGGAAAGCCGUCCUGCAGACCAGUGCAUCAUAGGAGAAAGAUACGGUGUCUGACAGUGGGGGGAGUGGGGUGGGAGAAGGUUUUUGUCAACCUGAAAAUAAAAAGUAUUGAAUUUGGCAAAGAAUGAAGAUUUAGAACUCCAUGCGUAUGAUAAAAUGUUUGGGUCUUUAGUAGUGCCACUUAGAGAUUUAAUAGACCUUAAAAAUUCUUUUAUUUGGAAUAUCUCUUUUUAACCAUGAGUACUAAGCCCUCUCCUAGUCCAGGUUCUCCUGGCCUCCCCGACCAUGCAUGCAAGUGUGUAUUAUCUUUCAAAUUCCAGAAUUAUUCUGUCCCCACACAACCUCAUUGCCACUUAUUCCAAGCCAAGCUUCCCUUGAACUCCCCCGGCCACUGGCGGUACUUAGCAAUUGUAUCUGGUCUUCUUGUAUCUAUUCCUAUACCCUUGGCCUAAACUACCUGCAGACACUUCCUAGCCUUGUGACCCUUGGGCAAGUCACUUAACCCCUGUUUGCCUCAGUUUCCUUAUCUA